GGAAGGAUGUCAGCCUCCAACAUCAGUGAUAAGAGUCUCCCAGAUACUCUCGUUCUGACAGGGAUCCCAGGGCUGGAGUUUGCCCAUAUCUGGAUUGCAAUUCCAUUCUGUGCUGCAUAUCUGGUAACACUGCUUGGCAAUGCUGCCAUCAUCCUKGUCAUUAUGACACACAGUGCCCUGCAUGCACCCAUGUACCUCUUCCUUUGUCUUCUCUCACUCACUGACUUGACUCUCAGCUCCACCACUGUGCCCAAGACACUUGCCAUUUUGUGGCUCCAUGCAGGUGAGAUUUCCUUUGCUGGAUGCCUGGCCCAGAUGUUUUGUGUCCAUGUUAUCUACUCUCUGGAGUCCUCAGUUCUCCUGGCCAUGGCCUUUGAUCGAUAUGURGCUAUCUGCAAACCACUGAGAUACACAGUUAUCCUCAACAAUACAGUCAUAGGCAGUAUUGCACUUGUUAGUAUACUCCGUAGUAUAGCUUUUGUCUCCCCCUUCAUUUUCCUGYUGAGGCGACUGCCCUACUGUGGCCACCAUGUCAUGGCUCACACAUACUGUGAGCAUAUGGGCAUCGCUCGGCUGGCCUGUGCCAACAUCACUGUCAAUAUUGUCUAUGGGCUGACUGURGCYCUKCUGGCUGUGGGUCURGAUUCYAUCCUCAUUGCCAUCUCCUAUGGCUUUAUCCUCCAUGCUGUCUUUCGUUURCCAUCUCAAGAUGCCAGACACAAGGCUCUGAGUACCUGUGGCUCCCAYCUUGGUGUCAUCCUCGUUUUCUACAUCCCUGCCUUCUUCUCCUUCCUCACCCACCGCUUUGGUCACAACCGAGUUCCCAAGCAUGUGCACAUCUUUCURGCGAAUCUCUAUGUGCUGGUGCCUCCUGUACUCAAUCCCAUCAUCUAUGGAGCUAGAACCAAGGAGAUUCGGAGUCGACUUCUAAGACUGUUUCUCUUGGGGAAGAUCUCAACAUGA